AUUUAUAAAUAAUUGCAUAAAGCAAAAAGAUAUCAACCACAACAUAACAACUACAAACAACAAUAGAACAAUAACAACAACAACACAUAAAUUACUACAUUCACACAGUAUAACAGUAACACUUGUAUCUACAUGCAACUACACUACAGCUACAACAACAACACACGCACGCAACAUGUCAAAGUAUCACAUUUUGAAAAAUAGUGAUUUCCACAAUCAUAAUGAUGAUUCAACAACGACAAACGCCAGCAGCACAAUUACUACAGUAUCACCGCUUACAGACGAUGAGGAAAAUUUUGGCCUCUUUAACAGGAAGGGCGGCCACCACCAUCAACAUCAUCAUCACCAUCAUUCAACCGAUCAUGAUCAAUUAAGACACGAGAAUUCAGGGCAUCAACACAAACAUCAUCUUCAGAAAAUAUUCUAUGACACUGAUGACGAUGAUGAUGAUGUUGUUGUGGAUAAUCAUUAUAGUCACGAUCACAGCGAUUUAUUAUUAGUCAAUGAUAAUCACGUUGAAGAUCUCAUUCAGUACAACAACAACAACAACAAUAUAAUUGACAAUAAAAAACAAACUAUUUACACCAACAACAACAUCGACAGCAACGACAAUAAUAAUACGCCAUCAACUACCGGUAAAAUAAUUUUCACAAACACUAACAAUUUAAUGACACCUUUGGAUUCCGCUGCUACUGCUGCUGACGAAUUUACAAUGGAAAUUCCAUUGCUACAACAAAAUUAUAAUAAUAACAACAAUGAAGAGAGAAGAAAUAACUUCGCCCAUAAACAGCAACAGUAUGAUUUUGAAUGCGUUUGCUUGUGUCAACAAAAAGGAUUUGCUUCCAACCUCAAGACUAAUUCAACGAAGAAUGCUAAAUCAAAAAUCCUCUGGGCCAUUGCUCUGUGUUGCAUAUUUAUGGUUGUUGAAUUCCUGGGUGGUUAUUUAGCCGGAAGCUUAGCCAUCAUGACGGAUGCCGCACAUUUAGCAUCAGAUUGUAUUAGUUUCGUUAUUGGUCUAGUAGCCAUUUGGUUGGGCAGCAAACCACCGGAUGCAAAAAUGUCAUUUGGAUAUAAACGAUUUGAGGUCAUGGGCGCAAUUGUAUCGAUUUUGGGCAUUUGGAUACUGACCGCAACUUUGGUUUUAGUGGCGAUACAGCGCAUUUAUUCGAACGACUAUGAUUUGGAUGCAAAUACUAUGAUGACCAUUUCUGGUAUUGGAAUUUUAAUUAAUAUCAUUAUGAUUUUUAUUUUACACACUUCAGUGCUUGACCUACCAGCAGGUAGUAUUGGUUCCUCUCAUGGUCACUCUCAUAGUCACAAUAAUAAUGGUCAUCAUCAUGGUCACAGUCACUCACACUCCUCAAACUUACACCGACGACACAGUAAUGAUAGCGGGCAGUUAUACACAGAGUUUGCAACGAGGUCACUACUUCCUACGGACAGUGAUGCCGAUGCUACUGAUGCAAUUGACACUGGCGGCGCAACAUCAAUGGAGUUGUCGUCUGCACCAAUGGUGCUCAACGGAAAUUUGUCGAAACAUCAACAAGAUGGAAAUGACAAAAAUUUAAAUCUUCGUGCAGCCAUGAUACAUGUUAUCGGUGAUUUAGUACAAAGUUUUGGUGUAUUUCUGGCAUCAGUAUUAAUUAAAAUAUUUCCAAAAGCAGUAUUCCUUGAUCCAUUGUGCACUUUGCUGUUUUCAAUAAUUGUUAUAAUGACAACAAUUAAUUUAUUCAAAGAAUCAAUGCAUUUAAUAAUGGAUUCAGUACCUCAGGGCUUAUCAAUAGAUGAUCUCGAAAUGGAUUUAUUAAAUAUAGAAGGAGUCAAGUCUGUACAUCAUUUGAAUGUUUGGAAUCACACUUCAAAUUACAGCAUUUUAAUGGUUCACUUGGUCAUUGAUAUUCUAACCGAUAGCAAUACAGUCCUAAUGAAAGCCACACAAUUAGCUGGAAGUGCAAAAUACAACAUUAAGCACAGCACUAUACAAAUUGAACGAGUGACCUCAUAAAUUUUCUACACUCCUUUACUCAAAAUUUAAUUUAAAUUCGAAAAUUUUCAAUAAUUUUUCUUAAUACUUUAUUGCUAGAAAAUUAAAUGCCAA